AUGAAGGAUAUCGAGGCUGGUACAGCCCAGCCAUCUUUCAUGAAAAGUCACUGGGAGCGUUUCAAGGAGAAUGAAAAAUCCGGCCGCGCGCAUGACAUGACGGUGGCAGAUAUCAAGGGUGCCACGGGAGCAGUCUUUAUAGCUGGCGGAAACAGCACGUGGAGCACCGUUCUGUCAUGCAUGCUGUUUCUGACAAAGUACCCGGAGGUCCAGCGACGAGUGCAGCAGGAGAUCGACGCUGUUGUCGGUACCGAUAGACUCCCCGACUUUGAUGACCGCCCAAAUUUGAGAUAUCUAGAACGAUUUGUCAAUGAGGUGAUGCGAAUGCUUCCCUUGAACCCGCUCGUGAUCCCACACAGGAGUCUCGAAGACGAUGUCUACAAUGGGAUGUUCAUACCAAAAGGUUCUGUCAUUUUUGCAAACACAAAGGCAAUGACCUCAAACCCAGCAGUGUAUGCCAACCCAGACGUCUUCGAUCCGGACCGAUAUGAGCGUGGAGAACCAUAUCCGCAAGGAAACUUUGGCUUCGGACGACGCAAGUGCCCUGGAAAUUUCCUUGCUCUCGCCUCGGUAUAUAUAUUCGUGGCUACAUUGAUGGCAACUUUCGACCUGGAGAAAGUCAUUGGAUCAGAUGGCCUGCCCAUCGAGCCUCGAGAAGGCGUGUCCAUUGGAUUGGGAGGGUAA